AUGUCGCAAAACCAAGUUGAGAACCUCAUCCUGUACACCGAAUUCGUGAAGAAGUUCAUGUCCGUGAUGGACACGGGUCUGCUGUCUCCUGAGAUGCGUCGUCUCUUCUACAAUCGUUCGAGCGGACCCAUUCUCGCCGCCUCGAUCAGAGCCGCCAUUCAUCACCGUGCCCGCCAAGGCGUGCCUCAUCAUCAACAGGCCGCCGCCGUCGCCACCAUGCUCUUAGACAAGCCGCAUCUCUAG